UGUCGUUCAUAUCGUGUCGUGAACGUGGGUUCGUGAUCGUGAUCGCGAUUCAUCUAAUUAUUUGCAAUAGACUGUCGUCGUCGUCUAACGAAGUGUAAGAAAAAUUGCUUGUGAUUAACGGUUAAUAAAAAAACCAGUGCAGUUUGCAGAUAUUUUUAUUUCCCCGAGUAUAUCUUGAUUAUCGUAUGUCCAUCCAGAAUCUAACCACAUUUGACCCCUUUGCUGAUGCAAGUAAGGGUGCAGACGAUGAUGUUCAAGACGGACUCGUUCAUAUAAGAAUUCAACAGCGAAAUGGUCGUAAGACUCUAACUACAGUGCAAGGACUUUCAUCUGAAUAUGACCUGAAGAAAAUAGUUCGAGCAUGUAAAAAGGAAUUCGCUUGCAAUGGAACUGUAAUAGAUCAUCCAGAAUACGGAGAAGUUCUUCAGUUACAGGGAGACCAGCGAGAAAACAUCUGUCAGUGGUUAACGAAAGCAGGGCUAGCUAAACCUGACCAGCUCAAGGUCCACGGUUUCUAAUGCACCAUACGGGUGUUUUUAACAAUGUAAAUGUUACACUUUUAUUUAAUCACGGAAUUUUUAACAGCAUGUGCCCAUCAAAAUUGCUGGUUAAAUUAUAAUUAGCAAUUUUGAACAAUAAUUUUAUAAUUGUGCCUUUCCAUAAAUACAUUAGUUUUCAGAA